UGUGUUUUUCUUAAAAUUGUUCUUGUUAUUAUCAGUAGCAUUUUCUUUGCACCUUCAAGAGUUAAAUUACUUAAAUUCUUAAAUAUUAAACAUUUAAUUAUUUUAAGUUUUUUUUUUAUUUCAGAUAAUUUGUUUUGCAAAUUUCUAUUUGGUUGCUAUUACAGUUUAAAUAAAUUUUUAAAUUUUAUUUUUGCUUCUAUUAGAAGCUUCAUGGAACCUCCAGCUGUAACAUCAUGUGGAGUUGGUAGUCAUUCAUCUUCUAAUAGUGGUGGAAAUAUUCAGCAACAUGGCCAAACGCCAAAGCGCAACAGUUUGCCUAUUAGCUUUUUACAAAUAGAGCCUCAAAUUAGUUUCAAUACUCCGGCCCGUCAUUUUGAAGAAUUACCUGAAAAUUUUUUGGAGACCAUUUCCCCCCAACAACACGCUGAUGGUCUACAUGGCGUUUCUGUUAAUCAUCACGAUGGGAGGGGUGAAGGAACGUCGACCGGAAUGCCACAACUUGCUUCACUUACCACUGUUAGUAUGGCUGGUUCUGCAUCAAAUGUUUGUGUUCAAGGAAGCAGUGGAUAUGCAAAUCUAAUUUCAAUGCCUAACUCCUCUCACUAUAUUUCAUCACUCAAGAUGGAAUCAAUGGACCACUUGGAGGGGUCGCAUCAUCAAAUGCAUGGCACGAGUCAGAUCGAGAAAUCGACUUUUGGGAAUGGAACUGCUGCUGGACUUCUUUCUCCUUUACAACUUGAGAGCAAUCGGAAUAAUGACAAUAGUGCUUUAGGACUUCUUGCCAAUUCUGUAGUUCAUCACCAUCAUCAUCAUAGGACAAAUGGUGGUGGUGGAAGGACUAGUGAUUUAUUAAGUGGAAUUCGCCGUAAUAAUGUAUCUUACAUAAAAGAAGAAGAAAUUAAUCCAUCAGAAAUGGGUGCUGGUGGUUAUCAGAAUCAUGACUAUGAGACUGGAUAUUCACUAGGCCAACCAACCGCCCAAGAACUUGAAAGGAUGGCAAAUGCCGAGACACCUCCAGCUCUUAGUAAUGUUGAGAUCACUUCGUCAUUGCUUGCAUCACUUUCUCGAGAAUCGUCUAGCCCUCAACCUACUCAUUUUAUUGUUCAUCAAAUGGCCCAUCACUCUCGACCUCCAGCAUCUGUCGGACCUCAGCAAAUAUCACAAUCGGCACAUUCUCAACAAUCGCUCCAACAGAGAUUACAGAUUCAGCAACAUUUAAUUCACCCUGGAAAUGCCCCUACACCUGCUGCUAUUUCUUCUCCGAUGCCUGCACCUCGACGUUCUAAGUCAAAAAUGUCUCAAAAUCAACAACAAUUACUUCUUCAACAACAACAGCAACAAGAAGAGGCUGUUGUACAUAAUCAGUUAGCUGCUGCAGCACAGGAGGCUUCAAGCAAUCCUAUUAAUAUAGAUGUUUAUGCCGCAUUAGGGUCUGAACUUACUAGUGGAAUUGUUUCCCCGACUUCUUAUCACCAAUCAUCAGGAAUGGUAGAUCCUUUAAAUGCUGAAAUUGACGACGAAAUUUAUAUUGAUACAAAUGAUUUGUGUAAACGUGUUGCUUACGAAUUAAAGCAACAUUCAAUCCCUCAAGCUAUUUUUGCUGAGCGUAUUUUAUGCCGUAGUCAAGGUACUCUUUCUGAUCUUUUGCGUAAUCCAAAGCCAUGGAAUCGUCUGAAGUCUGGUCGUGAGACAUUUAAACGAAUGUACAAUUGGUUACAACAGCCUUUACACAUUCGUUUAAGUAUUUUGGAUAUGUAUAAAGGUCCAAUGCCCUCAGGCAUUAUUCCACCACCAACUCCAGCACAGAAUUCACGUCAUCAUCACCGACGAAGAAGUGCUGGAGAAGACGGACAGCCAUUAAAACGUCCACGCCUAGUUUUCACUGAUAUUCAAAAACGAACACUGCAGGCAAUUUUCAAAGAAACUCAAAGACCAAGUCGUGAAAUGCAACAAACGAUUGCUGAGCAUCUUAGGUUGGAUAUGUCCACAGUUUCUAAUUUUUUCAUGAAUGCACGUCGACGCUCUCGAAAUGGAAAUGGACUUGGAUGUGAUGAGCCUGCUCCUUAUCAGCAGAUUCGAACAAUUACCCCACCUCCUGAUACACCCCCAACAAAUGAUGAACAAAAUCAAUUCGAUGAAGACCUAGAUGAAUCAACACAGCAACUUCUUGACCAACACUCUCAAAUCCAACAACAUAUUAUACAUCCAAAAUCUUCACCAUUAUCUGCCGCCCCUUCAUCAGCUGAAAAUCUCAGCCUUAUUGAACAAACUGUUGAUGAAGUUGUAUGUCGAAGUAUAGCAUAUGCGAGGAAAAGUCCUUAA